UCAUCUCAUCAUACAAAAUUCACCCCUUUUGCUAUAUCUGAUACAAACUUGCAGAACAUUUUUGAUAAUUUCGAUUAUGUUCCUAAUGAUUAUGAUGAUUUGAAGAGUAUAGCCUUUGCUGAAAGUCUUACGUCAGAGAGUGUUGUAGGGAGCAUUGGAAGCGAUAAUAGUGCAUUAAAUUAUGAUAUAGAAAUGCCCUUUCUUUUUAAUAAUGCUAAUUUUGAAAGAGCAAGAACACUUAUAGAAGAAGACGAAAAUAAUGAUAUAUUUUUAUUAAAAGAUAUCGAUACUGAUACUGAAGUAGAUGUUAAUAUAUCAACAAUUUCAAUAUUUGAUUCAGAGUCGACUACAUCAGGAUCAACUGAUGGAAACGAAUAUUUUGUUAUGAAUACAAAAACGCUAGUGAAUCUUUAUCAGAAUAUCUAA